GCAGCUCUGGAACCAGGAGAGGAACUCCAGUCUGGACCAAGAGGAACCAGAGUCACUACAGAGUACAGAGGAGCAGGAUGCAGAUACAUUAAUGUUGACUCCUGUUAAAGAGAAAAGUGACCGCAUGGAACCAGAACCAGACAGUGACCACCAGCUCCUCUCUCACAGCUCUCCUGCAGCUCAGAGUCAAGAUCAGACAGGAAGUCACCAUGUUGACUCUUUGUCUAAUAGUCAUGCAGCGUCAAGGCCAUGCAUUACCAAAGUAGAAAACUGUGACACAUCAAAGACUGAGUCUGAAACUUGCACAGGUAGAAAGUCUUUUAAAUGUGACACUUGUGGAAAAGGUUUUGUUUAUAAGUCUCGACUGAUUAUACACAUGAAAGUCCACUCAGGAGAGAAACCCUUUUCUUGCACAACAUGUGGAAAGUGUUUUAUUUCAAGUAAGGACUUGAUAGUCCAUGGAAGAAUUCAUUCUGGUGAGAGGCCAUAUUCCUGUAAAACAUGUGGAAAGGGUUUUCUGCGAAGGCGUAAUUUGACAGUCCAUGAAAGAAUACACUCUGGUGAGAGGCCAUAUUCCUGUAAAACUUGUGGAAAGUGUUUUUCACAAAGGCCUAAUUUGACAGUCCAUGAAAGAAUUCACUCUGGUGAGAAGCCCUAUUCCUGUAAAACAUGUGGAAAGCGUUUUCUGCGAAAGCCUGAUUUGAUAAUCCAUGAGAGAAUUCACUCUGGUGAGAAGCCUUAUUCCUGUAAAACAUGUGGAAAGGGUUUUAUUCAAAGAGGGAGUUUGGUAAAACAUGAAAUAAUUCACACUGGUGAGAAGCCAUAUUCCUGUAAAACGUGUGGAAAGUGUUAUAGUCUAAAGAUGCGUUUGACAGUCCAUGAAAGAACUCACUCAGGCAAGAAGCCAUAAACCUGUACAACGCGUGGAAAGUGUUCAGUUAAGGUUUGUCUUUGGUAGAACAUAUUUUUCCAGUCAACCCUACUCUACCCUUUUAAAAAUGUGAAACUCCAUGAAUUUAAAAUAUAGAAUCUAAAGAUCUAUACAUGUCUUGAGUUGUCCUGUGGACACUUUUACAGGCGUCUCUACUAUUGUGGUCAAUGGGAAAAUUGCUUUUUGGGCCACAUGAGUAUUUUUUGUUGCAGUACCACGAGUGGCCACCAUGACAAAAUUAUCUUCAAGGCAGAGGGGGCGGUGCUCUAUCCAGUGCUGAUAAUACAUCCAUGCUCUUGCUGAGGAGGUGGGAACUAGCUGGGUUCAUAGUUCACACACUGAGUAUUUCCUUAACUGUCAGUCACUUUUGGACAUAUGGAAGCUGGAUGUUGUCAAUACUGAUUAUAAAAUAUAACAUAAUUAUAUCAACAAGCUUUGUUAAAUAUCUAUGUGAAAUAAUUGAGAAAAUUGUUCAAACCCCAUUAGGCAUUAAUUUUCACAGAUACAAUUUUCAUUAGUCAUGUUUGUUCCAAUUUUUUAUGCCCAUUUUUAUUUCCUGUUAGUUUGUCGAUGUAUUUCUUAUUUUAUACUGAGUGUGUUUUUAUACUUUUCAAGUAUCACUCAUUGAAAUGGGAAGUUUUUUAUAUCUUGUGUUUCAUACCUUUUGUACCCUUCUCUCAUUGUAUUCAUCGUUUUUAUUGUUUGGUCAAAAAAUAUGAAAACAACCCAACGUUACUGGGUUGGCAAAGUAGAUGAGUUUGUAUAAAUGCAUUCAAAUAAAAACAUGUAAUAACAUAAUUCUCAAUUAUCUCUAUUUGUAGGUGCUUCCCCCCCUUCCGCCUCCACGAACCACAUCCACCCUCCACCCUGAAAAUCUUGUUAAGCCCCUUAAGACACUAACAAAUGUUUGCAACCAAAGCAGCACGCACACACACACGGCAGCUCGGAGCAAACAUUGAUGAAAAGUAUGUUGUGUUUGUUUUAUAGUUUUUUCUUGUUGCAUAAAAAGAAGGGGGUUUGGGGAAGCAAACACAACCCAGCGAUCCACUCGGCAGAUCGACAACACUUGUUGGUGUGAAAGGCCUUUACACUCAGAAAGAUGAAUAGGUAACAAUGGCAACAUUUAAGUGUGUGCAAGUGCAGUUUGUU